CCACCUUCCUCUAGCCUACUGGGCAGGGGAGGUGUUUCAGUUUCUUUGAGCAAAAUACGAAACAAAGAAGCACCAUUUCUGCCUCAAGACGCAUGUAAAGAGGUGCAGUUAUAGAGGCUCUCAGCGUCUAGAUGGAGCCCUCAGAUAUCCCAGAGUCCACCACCCCUUUUGAGUAUGAUCCUCAGAGCUUUCUGUGUGAGAAGAAGACCUUCGUCUUCGCCACCUUCAGCACCACCAUCCUGUACUGCCUGGUGUUCUUCCUCAGCAUGGUGGGCAACAGCCUGGUGUUGUGGGUCCUGGUGAAGUAUGAGAGCCUGGAGUCCCUCACCAAUGUCUUCAUCCUCAACCUGUGCCUCUCAGACCUGGUGUUCUCCUGCUUGCUGCCCGUGUGGAUCUUGGGAUACCACUGGGGCUGGCUGCUGGGAGACUUCUUCUGCAAGCUCCUCAACAUGAUCUUCUCCAUCAGCCUCUACAGCAGCAUCUCCUUCCUGACCAUCAUGACCAUCCAUCGCUACCUGUCUGUGGUCAGCCCCAUCUCGUCCCUGCGUGUCCACACGCUCCGGUGCCGUGUGCUGGUGACUGCAGCGGUAUGGGCAGCCAGCAUCUUGUCCUCCAUCCCCGAUGCCAUCUUCCACAAGGUGUUCCCCUCAGGCUGUGAUUAUUCAGAACGCCAGUGGUUCCUUGCCUCAGUCUACCAGCACAAUGUCAUCUUCCUUCUCUCUGUGGGGAUCAUCCUGUUCUGCUACGUGGAGAUUCUCAGGACCCUGUUCCGCUCGCGGUCCAACCGGCGCCACCGGACAGUCAGGCUUAUCUUCACCAUCGUGGUGGCGUAUUUCCUCAGCUGGGCUCCCUACAACCUGAUCCUGUUUCUGCAGACACUGCUGAAACUUGGGGUCAUUCAGAGCUGCGAGCUCAGCCAACAGCUGGAUUACGCCUUGCUCAUCUGCCGCAACAUUGCCUUCUCCCACUGCUGCUUCAACCCGGUGCUCUAUGUCUUUGUCGGCGUCAAGUUCCGCAGACACCUCAAAAGUCUGCUCCGGCACUUCUGGCUCUGCCGGCAGCAGGUGCCCGGCUUUCCCCCAUCACCCCACCCCACGGGUGCCUUUGCCUAUGAGGGCACCUCAUUCUAUUGAAGGGGAGUUUGGUGGUGCAGACAGAGGGGCUGAAGGAGAAGUAAGGCAGGAAGGAGAGGGGAAGACAUGGCAUCGGGAAAUGCUGCAGCUACAGCAGCGAGGGCGAAAGAAAUGCAUCACACCACGGGCUCCUUCACCCCCCCCCACCCCUUCUACAGAAAAUUUCCCCACCUGGAAAUUUUAUUUUGCCACCCAUAAAAGCAUUUCUUAGAUUUCGAGAAGAUCUUUUAUCAUCUAUUCCUCUAUUUAGACAUGGAUUUCUUAUCCUUGCUUAGUUCAGAAGGUUCUGAAACAUGAAAGGAUUCCCAGAAAGGGAAUACUUCAAGACGUUUCCAGGGUCAGAAAUUCAGUUAUGAAGAUGCAGGCUGCUGGCAAGACAGCCUCUCCCGGCUGAUUGUACGGUUGUCUAGGCUGAUUUUGGAGGGGUUGGCUCUGAAUGACUGCAGGAAGAGGCUGUGUGCAUGACAGAAGUAAUCACAUCCUCAAAUAAGCAUAGUCAGAACGAAAUCUGGAUUCUAAAAACCCACAGCUGGACUGGAGACGUGUUCUGUAUCACAGUUCUGGUUUCUAGCAUGUGAACGGGCACUUGCAUAGUUAGUCUCUAAAUCUUUUAUCAAAAGAAUGAAUGCAGUUAAGUGCCAUCUUCUGCCGGCAUUUAUUUGGAGGAUCUGAGGAUGAAUGAGAUAUAGAUUUCACCCUCCAGGUGCCAAGAGUCCGGUCCCGACAGCUCAGAUAACUAAACACCCACCUUGAUGAAGGCAUCCAACGUGAAGAUUCCUCUAAAACCUCAUCAUCUUCAGAUGGAUAUUGAGCUGACAUUUCUGAUUCAUCACUUUCCAUCCAAAAUGUUCUCCCCCUACUUGGCUGAUGGUCCCAGCUUUCCCCCCGAAACCGUGUCAUCUUUCCCUCCACUCCCAUGGCAAAGUCCUCGUGAUGCUGUCUUCCCAGUGUCUCUCACAUGCCCACAGCUUCAUCCCCAGACCACCUCACUUCCUCAGCAUCUUCCUGCUGCUCUUGUCUUUCCCCACCAAGCAUACUCUGCAUUGACAUCAGGUGCUUCAGUGGCUCCACAUGACUUGCAAAUAAACCCCCCAAAACUUAGAAAGUCCCCUUGAAAGACCCCUCCAAUCUGUUGCCAACUUUCUUAUUUUUAUUCCAACCCAAGCUGCCACCACUACCCCCACCCCAAGCCACCUGGGAUCCAACUACAAAAGACUACUGGCCCUUUUCCGGAUACCGUUCUGUCAGUCUCCUCUGGGCCUUUGUCAUGCUGGGCCUUCAACUCCCUAACCUACCAGCUCCUUCUGGAAGCCUCUGCAAUAUGUAAAUCAGAAGAGCACUUCCUAGGUUGCCGUGUCACUCUGCUUGUCCCCUCUAAAAUAGUAUCUGGGAUUCCCAUUGUGGCUCAGCGGAAACAAACCUGACUAGUACCCAUGCCUCACCCAGUGGGUUAAGUAUCUGGCAUUGCCUGAGCUGUGGUUUAGGUAGCAGAUGCAGCUCAGAUCCCGUGUUGCUGUGGCUCUGGCUGUGGCUGUGGCCAGCGGCUGCAGCUCCAGUUCCGCCCCAGCCUGGGAACUUCUAUAUGCCAAGGGUGCGGCCCUAAUAAGACCAAAAAAAAAAAAAAAAAGUGUUUGUCUCCUUUCCAACAUGUUACACCCAUGGAUGUCUUAUCACCCUGCGCCCACAGAGUGCACACCACCUGAGGGCAGGAACUGGUCUUGCACCUGCCAAGCAUGGGCCCUGAUAUUCAACCAUUGAGUACUGAGUGGGAGCAAAGAAUGACAGCUAUUAUUAUUCUUUCAGUUUAUGCUUUUUUGGGGAGACAUGCCCAUGCAACAUAUUCUACCUUGUUUGCCCCAGGCCGUUUUCUUAUAAAUAUUAACCUUUCUUUCUAGUCUUUACCCUCAGAGCACAUUGCUUAUCCCUCUCUGUGGCAAUGGCUAAACUUGCCCUUGCUUUUCAGUUAAUAGGAUACAUGCCUGCCUCUUUCACUGCCCCACAGCUUCACAUCCAAGGAUAUAGAUAAAAACCACCCUCUAGACUUUGCCAUGCCCCACACACCUGGUCCCAGACCAGACUGUGAACCAGAUUCACCUCUGGAGUGGGGCCUUUGGAAAAGGUGAUUCUGACAUGCACCCCAGUUAGGAGCACUUGGCUGUGACUCCUUGAAGAUGGGAAUUCCAGAGUCUUCCACAGUCACUUGAGCGGGACUUGGCACACAGCAGGCACUCAGUAUAUGCUUGUCGAAUAAAGUGGCUGCUAAUAUAGCCCUCAGCUGGAGCCUAGAGAGCUUGUAGAACAUUCUCCUUUUCAGUUCCAGCUUCAGUUUCACUGGGUAGCCAGCCUUGAAGGAAUCUGACCUGGCUGGGGAAGAGUGAGGGUCUAGUUUUAAGAAUUAAGCCUGAGAGUUCCCAUCAAGGUGCAGCAGAAACAAAUCCGACUGGGAACCAUGAGGUUACAGGUUCGAUCCCUGGCCUCACUCAGUGAGUUAAGGAUCCGGCGUUGCUGUGGCUCUGGCAUAGGCCAGCAGCUGUAGCUCCAAUUAGCCCCUAGCCUGGGAAUCUCCACAGGCUGUGAAUGUGGCCUUAAAAAGAAAAAAAAAAAAAAUUAAGCCUGCAUCACCUGUUGGGAAGGGCUCAGAGGCACGCCAGUGAAGGGCUAGAACUCCUGUGGACUUGUUAACCAAUUGGUAGGGCCAUCACUCACCACAGAAGAAAGAAACAGCAAAAGAAAGAGACAGAGAUAGUUGUGGGGUCAGAGCUAGGUCUCUGGUCAGGCUAAUCUUUCUACACCCCCUUUAAAUUGAUAUUAUUAAAAUUUUAUUCAACUUUCAUUUGAAGGAGCAGGCUAAGCCCAGGGAGCAGAAGGGGGACUGCUGCUCACACAGUCCCACUUCGCCAAUGCAAAGCACAAGUUUUGAGCCCUCUCUUCUUAGAAGGCCAAUUUGGGGAUCUCGUGUCAUAACAGAGCAUGCCCUUUGAGGGCCCCACUCCAUCAUCUCCUCACCUCAUCCCAUUCCCUCACAUCCCAAGAUGCUUAUCUAACUGUUCUUUUCAAUACAUACAGCGAUAUCUGUGGGUGCACUUCACUGGUACAAUCGUGUUUGUCUCUCUGCAUUUCUAGUGUUGCCCUGGCAUCCCCAGUAGACUAGCUCCCAAGGUCAUCUUUCAGCUAGAGUCUUCUCCUAAUCUAGCUCCUUGGAAAUCCAAGGGAAGCGGCACCAACAAAGAGAGGUAUGGAUGGGAAGAUGGAGGGGUGUCCAUCCUUCCAGAAAAGGAGCCGUGGGCAGGACUGCUGAAGGAAGCAGUCCGUGAGCUGCACCCCAGUGACCACACUCCACAUUUAUUGACCACAUUCUUCACAAGCCACAACCUCCUGCUUUCCCCUCCCUCAGCCCACUGAUUGCUGGAUCAUGUAGUUCCAUGGCAUAUGGAAGUUCCUGGACCAGUUUUCUGAGGAAACCCCAUUCUGUUUUCCAUAGUGAUUACAUCAACUUAUGGUACCACGUCAAACCAGUCAGGAUGGCCAUCAUUAAUAAAUCUACAAAUAACAAAUGCUGUAGAGGAUGAGGAGAAAAGGGAACCCUCUUACAUCUUCCAGUCAGCACUGGCACUGCCCAAUGAACUUCACAUGAACUUUUCCCUAGGGCCCACCAGCUCGGACAGCACCUGGUUUGUUGAACUCCUGAUGCCUUUUGUUUGUGAAACCUGCCUGUGAUGGGAAAAAUAUGAAUUACUCUUGAAAUCAUCUCAUGAAAAUGGAAAGCCUAUUGUAUCAUAUAUGCAAUUAAAAGAUAAGCAUGUACUAACUUA